GGGAGAAGAAGCACAGAAAUUCGUGGGGGUUUUCCCGGGAACGGAGGAAAAUCCGCCAUUUCUGAACAGAUGCCGAAGCCCACCCACCUCGGGUGAAAAGCUGUCUUUUGCUUUUUUCGGUGUUUUUCUUUUCUGUAUUUCUCGAGUCUCCCGCACCGGAAAAAGCAAAUCAAAAUGGGGCGCGUCAUCAGAGCUCAGCGUAAGGGUCGCGGAAGCGUUUUCCGUGCCCAUACGCACAAGCGUAAGGGAGAGGCGAAGCUCCGUCCUUUGGACUUCGCAGAACGCCGUGGCUACAUCAAGGGUCUGGUGAAGGACAUCCUCCACGACCCCGGCCGUGGCGCGCCUCUCGCUGAAGUCUCUUUCCGUGAUGCUUACCGCUACAAGCUGAACAAGCAGCGCAUGGUUGCCGUUGAAGGCAUGUACACCGGCCAGUUUAUCUACUGCGGCAAGAAUGCGGCUUUGACUAUUGGAAACAUCUUGCCGUUGAACAAGAUGCCGGAAGGUACCGUCGUCUCGAACGUUGAGGAGAAGGCUGGAGACCGCGGGACUCUCGCGCGCACCAGCGGCACCUACGCGACGAUUGUCGGCCACAGCGACGACGGCUCUAAGACCCGUAUUCGUCUUCCCUCAGGCGCCAGGAAAACCGUCAGCGGCUACUCUCGUGGCAUGGUUGGCAUCGUUGCGGGUGGUGGUCGUAUUGACAAGCCGAUGUUGAAGGCCGGAAAUGCGUACCACAAGUACAAGGUGAAGAGAAACUGCUGGCCGAAGGUGCGUGGUGUGGCCAUGAACCCCGUUGAGCAUCCUCACGGUGGUGGUAACCACCAACACAUUGGCCACCCGUCUACCGUGUCUCGUAUGGCAGCUCCUGGACAGAAAGUCGGUCUUAUUGCUGCGCGCAGAACCGGUCUGCUGCGUGGUGGUCGCAAGACCAAGUUGGCUGGCAAGUCUCAGGAGUAAACAGAAUAUGGCGAACGAUAGAGAACGGCUGACAGGCGUUACGCGUUGCAAGCGAGUCGGGAUGGUUCUCGGUGUGGCCUCGUGUCUUGAGAAGGGAAACGAGUGUUUUCCUCACCAGUUCGUGUCGUGGGGGGGACAGCCAAUGACUCUGUUCUCAGUGGCAUUGCAGAGACUACUUCUCAAAAACCUGGGACGCUGCUGAGAGACGCUGGGUGUCACACUGAAAAACUGGAACCCCAGGAGAGAACACGCUCUUGCGUCAACUUGUCCGCGUGCAGCUGAAACCAGCAGAUAAGAUGUUGAGUGAGAAACUGCAGAACAGAGGUGUCAAACGCAUUUUCCCUGGGCACGUUGAGGCGCAGGCACAACACGCAUGGGGGCGGCUCCGCCAUAAUGAUAGUGCCGUCGGCGCCUACCGAGUACUGCUCACUUGUAGUCGACGCGGAAAUAUCGCUUGCAUGGAUUCUGGCUUCUGUACCUACCCUGUGAACGCGAAUAGGACAGGACUGGGGACAUGCCGAACAGAUGUCAUCACCACUACGGACUGAUGCUGACUAGCCCGUUAACACCACAGUCGCUC